GUUGAUGAGCAGUCCUCACAACACUCCGUCGCUGAGCACUAUGGUGCAGUUACCAGUGGGGUAGACCCCGCGAGCCCUGUGAGUGACUCGCGGGAGGAGGUGCGUGAUGCCGAGGUUGAUGAGCAUUCGUCACACCACUCCACGGCUGAGUAUCAUGAUGUGAUGGGAAGCGAGGCAGCGGCAGAUGCAAAUGAGGAGGCCGAAAAGAAUGAGUCACUAGAGAUCACUUCGAAAGUAGAUGGUGAAGACCAUGCUGCUAGCCCGGAUCCUGUGAGUGAUUCGCAGGAGGAGGUGCGUGAUGCCGAGGUUGAUGAGCAUUCGUCACACCACUCGGCUGAGUAUCAUGACGUGAUGGGAAGCGAGGCAGAGGCAGAUGAUGCCAGUGGCCCAAAGGAAGGGGCUGAGAAGGAGGAGCCCGCCGACAUCACAUCAAAUGUAGAACACGAUGGCGGGUACCCUGAAGCAACAUCAGGGACUUCCCACUCAGCCCAGUCGCACCUACCACAGGUUUUUGACAUUGGCUCCCCGAAGGCUGACGAACCGGGUGCCGAGGAAGCAACCGAUGAGGCGGCAGCUGCAGCGGAGGAGGACGAUAAAAUUCUGGCUCCCCACCUCGACGAGGAGCAUCUCGAUGUGCCAAGCACCGGGGCCACCAAGCUCCACCAAGAGUGUGAGGAUCCGGACGAAUCGGGAUCCGAAUGCUCAGACGAGUGUUCAGAUGAGGAUCCGGAAGCCUCUGCAGAUGUGGUCGGCGGUCCGGAUGAAGAGGCUGAGAAGGUGGAAUCCAUGGAGAUCAUGUUGAAAGUUGACGUUCCGGACUGCGAUGGAGGUCCAGGCCCCUCGAACCUCGAUCCUCCGGCGACUGCCCAGCAGAGCGCGGGUUUGCCCGAGUUUUUUGACAUCGGUUCUAUGGAUGAUUCAGCUCCAGAGGCUGAUGAGCCUAGUGAACCAAAGGCCAAGGCUGCACAGGCUGCGGAAGCCGCAGCUGCGGAGGCAAAAGCUGCGGAGCGAGCAGCUGCGCAGGCAGUGGCAGAGCUGGAGGAGGCAGCGGCUGCGGAGGACGCUGGUUCAGUGGAGGGCCAAGAGCCUGGCAAUGCAACAGUUCCUACACUUCCUACCACGCUCUCAGGGGAGGCUCCCAAAACAUCCAGCCAACACUCCGCAGCGCCGAAUUCUGGCCUUGCCGAGUUCUUCGAAAUCGGCUCAGCAGCUGGCGAAUCAGAGGAAGAUGCUCGCGAGACCGAGAUUGCAAGUCCCGCAAGAUCAACAAAGGAAAUCGGAUGGCAGGUCGUUGAGGAAGAUGAUCGUGAGGCCGACCUUUCCAGCUCGGACACCCCGCAGGAAGCCGGCCGCCCUGGCGAGAGCGCUCAGCAGGAGGAUUCCCCGAUCAUGGAACGCAAGGUGAGUGACCAUUACAGUGUUUAUGGGGACCUGUACUUUGAUGAAGACAAUCUGAUCCGGAACGGCGACCACGUGUUGGUUGGAUACAUCAUGAAGCCUAAGGAGGGUUAUGGCUUUUUGGACACAGCCACACGAUUCGGCCAUGAAUCCUGUGCAAGCACGCCAGAUGAUUUCGAUUCUUUGGAUGUGCAUGUGUACGACAUCGACCCAGACAGUUUCAAGAUGAAGCUUGCUUAUCCUUUGCAGCUUUUCGGACACGACACCAGCAUCACCUGCGCGUUUCUCAAUCUGAAUAUCCGCCGCAAUCAAUGCACGGAGGCAGCGGAGUACAUUCGGAUCAACGAUUUCUACUUGCCUCCACGCUUCCUGCGGUUGUAUGACGGGCCUGCCCUGGCCAUAGAGGGUGCCUGGCGUGUCUUGGGCCUGCGACGAAUCAAAGUCGCGUACCAGUCAGGCGCAGUGGCGGACAGCGGCAUGAAGUCACAGCUUGGCGUAAAGCCUGUCGGCUACCCUUGCUCCAAGUAUUGGCAGGGGGACUUGCAGAACUCCCUACUGGGCCAGACCGAGUGCGUUCCUGAGGUUGUCGAGUCCAUGGAGGCCUGCAUGAAGAAGGCUGGCCCUGGCAAGGUGGCCACAGACGACAGCCUAAUGAUUGACCGUGGCAAAUACCUUGUGUCGCAGUUCAAAGCUUUGUGCAGGAGCUUCGCAGUUCUGGCCGAAAGUUAUGUUGCAGAAAAGGCUACCACGACAGACAUUGACCAAUCCCAGUGUGGCUACACCGCUUUCGUCCACGCCACGAUCUCGCAAGUCAUAGCCACUGUGUGCAGCAUGACAGAGUCCAACAUCUCCGAGAGCAAGGCUGACGAAGCAGACGACGCGGACCUCACGAGCGAGCAGCUGGACCUUGUAAUCAAGGACACGGCCGACGCCGAGGAGGACUCUCAUGACGUGUCGCGAGUCUGCCGGGACGAGGCGACCUUGAUCAAGAAUGGCCAGCACGUGCUUGUAAAAUUCAAGAUGAAGGCCAACGUGGGGUGUGACUACUUGGCCACUGCCAUGCACUUCGCUGCUGAGUCGGCCAAGCAUUGCACUGGGUCCAAUGAUGCCCUGGUGUAUGACAUCGACCCAGGAAGCGAGGAGGUGAAGAUUGCCUACCCGACUGCUUUCUUCGACUGCAGCCUCAUCGAUGGUCGAGACAUGUUGCGCUCUUUCUUAAAUCUGGCCAUUGGCAACACUCAGGGUAUGGAAGAUGUCGAGUUGGGCAAGAUCUACGACUUCUAUUUGCCCCCGUCGUUCUUGCGAUUGCAGGACAGCCCAUCUGUGAACGCGAUGUGGCGCAUCCUGGACAAGGGCGCCAGCAAUGGAGGCCUUGAGGCAGGUGCCGUGAAGCCCAAGCUUGGCAUGCAGCCAAAACCUUUCCGAGGGGCUUCCUAUGCAUUGUGGCAAGGAGGCAUUUACACCAAGACAGAGAAGUCGCAGGGCAACCAGGCUUUUGGCCAGAUGAACGAGGGCAUCCCAGAAGUGGUAAUGGCCAUGAGAGCGUGUGUCCAAGCAACUGGUGUGCGCAAGAUGUUCUCCGGCAACAACUACGCGGAUGAUCCGAACGAAAUGAUCGCACGUGGCAAGUACAUUCUGUCACAGUUUGGGCCUUUCUGCAAAACUUGCGUUUCCUUGGUGGCAGGAUAUGCAGCGAGAGGCAGUGCCCAGCACACUUUCCCCAAGCAGUUCUUGCACUACCAUCGUGCGGGACAAGCAUCCACAAGCAGCCCCCAGACCCAGCGCGGCUACUCUGCCUUCGUGCACACAAAGAUCUCCCAGGUUAGCAGCACGAUCAGCAUCCACGCCGACACCAGUAGCUUCGGCAAGACGCAGGGUGAAUCCCCCGACAAGGUUAUCGCCGUCAUGCUGCAGGACGACGCUGGUGAAAAUACCUGCUUGUAUUAUCAGGAGUGGGAGAGUAUGAAGCAGAACGUCCCCAUCAUUGCCGGGAGCAUGACCGUUCUCCGCCUACCGGCUGUAUUCCAGAACCUGGGCCACUCUAACGUGAUCCUAACUGCCGUCGGCGGUUUCUUCGGCCACAAGGACGGCCCCGCAUCUGGUGCAAUCGCCUGCCGCCAAGUUGAGGAAGCAUGGAAAGCCUGGAGGUCUGGACAGUAUGGCAACGUGAGCUUAAGUGAUGGCGUCGUUGAGUUCGCCAAGACCCACGAGGAGAUCAAGGGUGCUUUCCUCACCUUCCCGAAGGAAGCAGACGAGAUAUACCCGGGCUGGAAGGAGAAGCUAGGCUGCACAGGCGUGGCGUCCGUACCGGCAGCCAGCUUCGUGCCUACAAAGAUCUCUACGGCCUCCUCCGCUAAAGCAGCCUCGACGGGCAUAAGCAAGGAUCCCACGAAGAUGGCCUCGCAAGGGCCAGCGGGACCAGCGGUCAACCCGUACACCGGCGCGGUCAAGAGUAUCCCUGCUGCCAGCAGCAACACGGCGCGAACCUUGCUUGGAGCCGGAAGCACGCUGCCGGAUGCUGUGAUUCAGGAUUCGCCAAAGAAGGACCUUGACGCCCGCACGGUGUUCCAGAAUGUGCCCCAG